AUGAGAGUUCCCAAGACGUCUUUGCAUUGCCUCUUUUGGGUGAACAUGUUGGAUGAUGGUACCUCUGGCAGCAACAAGAUACGGAUCUCAAAGCAAGAAUGCUGUAUGGUUGGCUCAAUGAAGCAGCAUCUACCGGAUGGCAUGGAUAUACGGUUUUCAUUUGAGGCAAAGAUGCUAUUGAGAAGUACCACAAGUGGCAGAGCCUCUUUCGGCGAUACUAUUAUUAUCAAGGCUGCACGUCAAGGACGUCAUUGUACUAUCCUUUCCUGUGGAGCUCUACAUGUUGUGCCCGGGGACAGUGCGACUCAUGUUGCGGCCUCAGGGAUUUAA